AUGGCUGAUCCGCUCUCGCUCGUGCCUCCCCUCCUGUCAUUGACCUCCUGGGCCGUCGAGUUGACAAGAAGACUUCAUCGGACUAUCGGAACCUUUCAGAAACAACGGGAGGCCAUCCAGCAGCUCGACGACGAACUACAGAAUCUAGAGCAAAUCCGAUUUAAUAGGGCGGCGUUAUUAAUGACUCCAACGAGGGAGGGUAUUCACCGGCUUGCCAACUUAAUGGCGCAGAAAGCGAACACAAACUCUUCGGUCAUUCCAUUGGUAUCAAGACGGUAUUUCGUAAAUGGAGAGUUGAAUGACAUCCCGGUGGAAGCUUUACCUGAUACUGGUGCCGACGAGUGCUUCAUAUCAAGAGCUCUAGCUUCAAAAUUUGGUCUCGAACCUUGUCCAGGUUCACAGAAAAGGAUAUACCUCGCUAACAACAUGACUGUCCUAUCUCCUGGAAUGGUCGAGGUUCCCUGGAAAUUUACAGGAGAGCGAAUGAUACACACCCUAAACUGCUGGAUUCUCCCGGGAUGCACGCACGAUCUAGUGUUGGGAAGCCAUUUUCUAAGGGCGACACAGACACUGACGAAGUUCGUUCAGCGCAUUAAAUCCGAAAUAGUUGCACUACCAAGGCGACUACGCUUGCAGCUCCUAGGUAAAGGAAGCCAGCGGCUGUUAGGUUAUCUCGACGGCCAUUUUACUGCCGCGUUCCCGGAUACAGGUUCAGAUGUCAUGCUCAUCUCGAAGGACUUUGCCGAAAAGCUCGGCCUGGCCAUUGAUUAUGACGGCAGGAACAGGCUCGAGAUUGAGCUAGGUGAUGGAACCACAGCCCAGACUAAUGGAAUCGUGAAGGAUGUGAGUUGGGACGUCGGUGGGAGGUCGAUUCGAUGCGAUUUCCAUGUAUUCGAUGACCUCUGUGUUGACGUGGUACUGAGCAAUAACUAUUUGUUCGAGUUUAGAGUGUUCUCAGAUUGCUCGGACUACUUCUGUUCUAAUCCGGAUGAAGUCCUUCCCCAACUCUGCAACAUCCGUCUAAUUGGACGAUAUGGAGCGAGUCUGGAUUUGCUCGAGGAAGAGUAUCUGGAAGAUGGUAUGUCCUCACUUUACUGA